GCUAUAUCGUCGUCAGAUACUAUUAGUAGUGGUGGAGCAUCUCUGCCGGCCUCUUGCCCUUCCGUGUUUCAAGAAUUUCAGCAGUGCCGGUCCACGCAUCACGCAGAACUAAGUUAUCUUCGUCUACUUCUAAAGGAGGUUCUGCAGUUUUAUUAAAGCUUUUUCAAGCCAACCCAAUAUCCACGCUGCUGACAGCAAGAUACGACGAUAAUCCAAAAAGAACGACAACGCAUACUACUUAAAAUCAUCUUAUUAGUGCCCUCGUCACAAGGGGCACAUCUUUUUCCCUUGCUUUCCCCUCUCCACAGAAAAAAAAUUUCACUCUCUUCUUGUGUCAUCUUCAUCAGGAUGCUGUAUAAAAAAUGUCAUGAAUUUGUGUUGGUGAAUUGUUUUAUAAAAGUGUCGCAGUGAAUGAGUGAGUGAGCCUGUGACUCCAUUUUUCAUCAACUGUGUUUCUGUGACCAAUGUCCAGUGAUAUGCACAAAUAGUGUAAUUUCUUGUCAAACAAAAAGUCUCCCAUGUUUUUAUUACUUCUUGGAUUCACUUAGGAUUAGUGUCUGUUCAGUGUGCUCAAAGGGGAUCGGAGGAGGGAGGUUGAGGUGUGAGUGGUCUGGUGGUCAGUAGUGGGGACGCUGUAGGGCGGGGUUUGAGGAAAUGGCCGAGUCGGUUCCAGCCUUCACUCAAAAACCCCAACUGCGCCAAGAGGAUGAUGGGAACCGACUCAUCUUCGAGUGUCAACUCGUGGGGGCACCCCAACCGGACAUCACCUGGUUCCGUGGGGAAACCGAGUUGAGCGCAGAUAAGCGCACUGUGUUCAAGACCUCGAAGAUCGCGACCAACAAGUUCCUUGUUGUCUUAGAGCUGGACAAUGUGGUCGAAUCGGAUGCGGGACUUUAUCGCGUCAAAGCCAAGAAUAAGCUUGGCGAAGUUUUUGCAUCAAUUAACCUUAAUUUUAGCCCCGUUGACGAGCCCAAAGAAAAGCAAAUUGACGGGGUGGCUCCUAGUUUUGCUCAGAAACCAGUGAUUCGUCAAGAAGACGAUGGUCGUAGAUUACUUUUUGAAUGUAAAAUAAAGGCAGACCCCAAACCAUCAGUUGUGUGGUUUCAUGAUGGAACACUUGUGGAAAAAAGCAGUAGGCAUCGGUUAAUACUAGAAAAAGAUGGAGACAAAUACGUGGCAGCAUUGGAAAUCAAAAAUGUGGCAGUGGAGGACGCUGGGAAGUACAAAGUCACAGCAAAAAACGAACUGGGCGAAAGUAAUGCCACCAUCAGUUUAAACUUUGACAGUUCCUUCCUCAAUUUAGGGGACUCGGAAGGGAGCAAACCUGUCAAGCCCAGUUUCACCGAGCGUCCCGUCAUUCGUCAAGAAGACUCCGGUUCAGUAUUCUUCGAAGUUCGUCUUGCCUGCGAACCGGAGGCUGUGAUAACAUGGUAUCACAAAGGCAAAAAAGUGUCCGGAAGUCGAUUCAAGUCUACAAUUAUUCGCGAGUCGAGCACCAGCGUUUAUUACUUGUCUCGACUGGAGAUUGUUAAUUGUGAAUCUGUUGACGAAGGAGAAUAUAAAGCUGUCGCCAAAAAUGCUCAUGGAGAAGCCAAUGCCAUUGUCAAUCUAAAUUUUGAAGGAGGGGGCAAGUUCAAGAUUCCUGAGGGGAAGGCCCCUCGUUUUCCAAAGAAGCCCACAAUCCAACAAAAGGGAGAUUUGCUUGUGAUGGAGUGCAUAUUAGAGGCUCAACCUCUGCCGGAGAUAAAAUGGUUCCAAGGCACGAAAGAGGUCAACCUCACGGAAAGAAUAAAAAUGACCAAGAAAGAUUUAGGGAAAGAUUCGUACCUUCUUAAUCUCGAAAUAUCAAGCCCAACUAUUGCGGAUGGAGGAAACUGGCGCUGUAACGCUGUAAAUGCCUUUGGUGAAAGCAACGCAAAUAUCUCUCUCAAUUUCCAAGGUGGCGAUGAAGGAGGAAUCGCACCAACAUUUAUUGAGAAACCUAAAAUCACCCCCAACUCGACCGGUACGAUAAUCACGAUGAGAUGCCGGUGUAAGGCGAAUCCUACGCCCACCGUGAGUUGGUUUAGAGGCACAACGAUAGUUAAAGAGUCCUCCAAAAUCAGUAUGAGAACCGUGGAGGUAGAAGCGGACGUCUAUGAUCUCAUUUUGGAGAUUAAGGAACCAGGCGGUCAGGAUGGUGGAACUUAUCGGUGCCAUGUACAAAAUGUUCACGGUGAAUCUAAUGCCAAUCUAAACCUAAAUAUCGAAGCCGAACCUGAACCCGAAGGGCUGGCACCCACAUUCGACGGGAAACCGAAAAUAGUGUCAGAGAAAGGUGGAAAGCUCAUUGUUAUGGAAUGCCGGGUGAAAGCGGACCCCAGACCAACAUUCAUUUGGACGUGUGAAGGUCAAGAAGUUAAAUCAUCUUCCAAAUUUUCCAUUUCAAUUAAGGAAGAAAGUGGAAUUUACAUAAUACGACUAGAAAUCAGCGAUCCACAACCCGAGGACAGUGGGUUGUAUAAAUGUAAUAUUCAGAACGAAUUUGGAGAAAUUAAUGCCAAUUUGACGUUAAACAUUGAAAUUGCACCCGUGAUAAAACUGCAACCCCGAGUUGUACGGGUAGAGAAGACGAAGGUGGUCAUAAUUGAGACCCAUGUCCGAUGCGCUGCUCCCCCAGAAGUGCAGUGGUUCAAAGACCAAACAAAGAUGAAGGAGGACAGCAGAAAGUCUGUAAAUAUUCAGCAAGUCUCAAAGGGCGAAUACAAAAUCCAACUCGAAAUUUCCCAAGCUACCAAAGAAGACAAAGGAGUUUACAAAUACGUGGCUAAAAACGAAAAGGGUGAAACGACCUCUCAGACGGUGGAAGUUUCAGAAAUCCCUGAAGAAGAGAAACCCAAAGAUAAAAAGGCAAAGGGAGAGGCUCCAAAGUUCUCUCAAGGACUCAAAUCUAGCACCGUGGAAGAAGGCAAGAGUGCCGAGUUUUACUGUGAACUUUCCAGUGUUGACAAGAAGGCCACAGUGACCUGGACAAAAAAUACGACAAUCAUCAAAGAAACCAAGGACGUGAAAAUCACGUUUGAUGGCAAAAUCGCCAAACUAGUCAUCACAUCCUGCACCAAGGAAUUGACUGGGACCUAUAAAAUUGUGGUUAAAAACGAAUUUGGGUCCAACGAAUCUGAAGCUACGUUGACUGUUCAAGAGAAAAAGAAAGUGGAGGAGAAGAAGGAGGAGAAAAAAGAAGAAAAGAAAGUCGAGGAGAAAAAGGUCGAAGAAAAGAAAGUCGAGGAGAAAAAAGUCGAAGAAAAAAAGGUAGCAGAGAAAAAGGUGGAAGAAAAGAAGGUCGAAGAGAAAAAGGUGGAGGAAAAGAAAGUCGAGGAGAAAAAAGUCGAAGAAAAAAAGGUAGCAGAGAAAAAGGUGGAAGAAAAGAAGGUCGAAGAGAAAAAGGUGGCGGAAAAGAAAGUGGAGGAGAAAAAGGUUGAAGAAAAGAAGGUCGAAGAGAAAAAAGUAGAAGAGAAAAAGGUCGCAGAGAAGAAAGUCGAGGAGAAAAAGGUUGCCGAGAAAAAGGUGGAGGAAAAAAAGCCCAAAGACGAAGAGCCCCAAGUCGAACCCAAGAAGAAACCAGAAGAGCCUCCGUCGCAGAAGAAAGAUGAACUAAAACCAAAGGAAAAGACUCCAGCUCCAAAACCCAAGGAAGAAGAAGAGCCUAAAAAGACCGUCUCUAAACCCAAGGAAGAAGAAGAGCCCAAAAAGACAAUUUCAAACCCCAAGGAAGAAGAAGAGGCUAAAAAGACAGUUUCAAAACCCAAGGAAGAAGAGGAAGUUAAGAAAACGGCCGCAAAACCGAAAGAGGUUGACGAGCCUAAAAAGAUAGCCCAGCAGAAACCAAAGCAGGAGGAAGAGGAGCCCAAAAAGAAAGAGGUUGAGGCCAAAAAGCCUGAACCUGCAAAGAAGAAAGAGGAAGGUGCAAAAGCCAAAGUAGUGGAAGAGCCCAAGAAGCCAGAACCCAAGCCAAAAGAGCCCGAGCCCGAAAAAGUGGAAGAGAAAGAACCAGCCGCCAAGAGAAAGGCCAGUAAACCUGAAAUCAAAGAACCUGAAGUGCCCAAAGCUAAAGCAACUAAAGAAAAGGCUGAUGCUAAACAGGCUAGCGAGAUCCAGUUUAAAACCCCUGAGCAGCUAGCAGAGGAGGCCAAGGCACAAAAAGAAGAAAAACCCAAGGAGAAAGUAGAUUUGAGCAUAAAGUUGCCAGAGUUGAGAGAGGCGACCGAGUCUGAGGAUUCUCCUGAAAUUGAUGAGGACGACAGUGACGACAGUGUGAUUGAUCGACGGCGACGUGUUCCAGAGGUCAAAGUGGAUCGACAUUCACCCAAACCAGAGGACAAAAAGACUGAGGAGAAGAAAUUACCUGGAAAGUUUGAUGCGGGGAAAAAAGAACCGCCUAAAAUUUCCACUCCCGGAAAUAAGGCGGCACCUGGGGCUCCUAAACUAGUGGAACCCCCAAAGGUAGUAGUUGACAACAAGGAUGCCUCCCGAAAAGGCUCCUUGGCCCCAGGCAGUGGACCAUCCUCCCGACGUGGAUCUCUCAUUCCUCCAGAACCAGAAGGGGGCAGAAGGCCGUCUCUUAUCAUUACAGAUGAGCAUGGUAAAAAGUCAGGCGCCCGACCUGGAGAGAUUGGUGGAGAAGGGAUCAAAAAAGAUCGUCGACGACCAAGUACUGAACGACGUCCCAGUGUGGCAGACUUGGAAGAGAAAAUUGACAAACCAUCCACACCUCUGAAGCCUACAGGAGCCGCUGGCCCUCCAGUAAUUGUUGUCGAUCAAAAGUAUACGGCAGUUGAAGACAAGACGGGUUACAUCACAGCCCAAGUGGAAGGCAAUCCAGUUCCUACGUUCCGUUUUUACAAGGGCAUCACUGAAAUUAUGGAUGAAGGCCGUUAUCGAUUUGUGACUGAUGGGGACAAUAAUAUGGUCAUUUUGUGCAUCCGUAAAGUCAAACCUAAUGAUGAAGGAAGUUACAAAAUUGUGGCCACCAACAAACAUGGUGAAGCUGCAGAGGAGUGCGAGCUCCUCGUAUCAGGUGCCGGAGGUAUGGACUUCCGUGCAAUGUUGGCCAAGAGAAAGUAUGCCAAGUGGGGAAAGCAAGAAGAGAAAUUAGAGUAUGACCUCAAAGAGACUCCAAAGGAUGAUAAGCCCAAGCUCAAGCAUAUCGAGAGGAAGACAGAUUCAUUCCAAAAACCUUUAGUGGACCAAUAUUGUAAAGAAGGGAGAGACAAGAAGGUUCAAUUUGAGGCAAUCUUUUCCAAAGCCAACUGCAAAGUGCGGUGGUUCAUCCGAAAAGAGGAGUUAUUUAUGGGAGCAAAAUAUAAAAUGGUCCAGAAAGAUGAGACGUAUCAACUUAUCAUUAGUACCCCUAAAAUGGAUGAUAUGGGAAGAUAUACCUGUGAAAUUAAUGGGAUUAAAACUGAAGCGUUUUUGACUGUGGAAGAGGCAGAUCCAACAUUUACCUUUUUAAGACCAUUGAACAAAAAAUACGACGGUUAUGCGAACCGUGAGGUAGAGAUGGAAUGUACUGUUAGCAGUGGUCGGGCAAUGGUAACGUGGUUCCGAGAUGACCAACCUCUAAAGGAUGGCGACGAAUACGACAUUUCUAAAGACAUGACUGGAAAUUGUCGUCUAAUUAUUAAGAAAGCAACACUAAAACACUCUGGAAAAUACACUUGUAGAAUUGAUAAGCAAAAGGAUGAGACGACCACCCAACUUAACAUGUUGGAGUGGCCAUUUAUAUUCACCAAACAAUUGAUGGGCGUACAUGCCACCGAGAAGGAUUAUGUGUGUAUGGAAGUAGAAUUGGACGAAGAGGAUGGUGAAGUCCAAUGGUUUAAGGAUGGAGAACCUCUUAAAGCAGACAAGCGUGUGCAAAUAGUAAAGGAUGGGAAAAAAAGAAAACUAAUUUUCAAAGAUGUAAAAAUUACUGACGCUGGAAUGAUAAAGUGUACGACCAAUGCGGACAAAACGGAGGGAGAAUUAGCAGUGGAAUAUCGAAACGCUUUCAAUAAAAAAUUGAAAGAUACAAACAGUCUUGAGCGUGAGAGAGUGGUUCUUGAAGUUGAGCUUCAGGACCAAACUGCCUCUGCGGAAUGGACCUUAAACGGCGAACCCAUAAAGACAGAUGAGAGAGUCGAAAUCAAGAAUUUGGGCGGAGGUCGACACCAACUGAUUUUCAACAAAGCGGAAAUUGGUGACUCUGGUGACAUCGUUUGUUCAUCUGGGAGACUUACUUCCAGUUGCAAAUUUACUGUUGGGAAAGGAGAAGAAGCUCCAGUUAUCAACAUGGAAUCAAAUAAAGUUGAAGGGCCAAUUAGCAAACCAUUAGUUUUCCACGUUCCAUAUACCGUUCAAGGAACUAGACAAUCGCAAGUUGAAGGAAAAUUAAUCCACAAUGGAAAAGUUUUGCAACUAAAAGAGGUAGAAGUUGUCGUCUUGGAUGAUAGAAUUGAUUUCAAGUACAAAAAACCGGCGAGGGAACUCAGUGGCAAGUUCACGGUGAAAGUUAGCAAUGCCCAAGGCGAGGAUACAAAGGAGAUUAACAUCAACUUUCAAGACGUACCAACGGCCCCUGCAAGUAUGGAUGUCAGUGAUAUUUUCCAGAGUUCUUGCGUCGUAUCGUGGAAACCAUGCAGUGAUGAUGGAGGAAGUCCUUUAGUGCACUACCUCAUAGAAAGACAAGACUUAAGCGUCAAAGGAGGAUGGCACAGUGUUGCUGAAGUUGCUACAAAUCUGAGUACUUAUAAAGUCGAAGAUCUUGUUCACAAGAAGGAAUACAAAUUCCGUGUUAAAGCAGUUAACAAAUUUGGAGCCGGUGAACCUGUUACAUAUUCUAAAACUGUACUGGCAAAGGAUCCUUGGGACGAACCUGGGAAACCCACCGGAGUUGAAGUACAUGACUGGGACAAGGAUCAUGCAGAUUUGAAAUGGAAGCCCCCUGCCGAUGACGGAGGCAGUCCUAUAGUCUCAUACGUGAUAGAAAUGAAGGAAAAGUUUGGAAAAGAGUGGGUGGUGGGAAAAACUAUUGAAGGAAACGUUACGAAAGCAACGGUAGACGGUCUUACUGAAGGGAAGCAGUAUGAAUUCCGUGUUAGGGCUGUUAAUAGAGCUGGACCAGGUGAACCAUCUGAUGCGUCUAAACCAAUUAUUGCCAAGAGUCGAUUUGUCAAGCCUUACAUUGUGGGAGACGGUCUUAAACCUAUUGUGGUAAAGAAGGGCCAGAUAAUCAAGUAUGACAUCAAAUAUGAAGGCGAACCAGAACCUGAAGUGUCGUGGACACUCGAUGGACGGACAAUAUCUUUAGCUGAUGACAGAAUCACUGUUGACCAAUAUGAGAAGAACUCUGUUUUAACUGUUCGACGUGCUGUGAGAGCAGACUCUGGGAAGUACAAGCUCUUACUGACCAAUUCCAGUGGAACAUGUGAGUCGUUUGCGGAGGUCACUGUUUUAGACAAACCUACUGCACCCCGUGGACCUUUAAAAACGGACGAAGUUCGUUCGGACCACAUGGUCAUAAGUUGGAAAAAGCCAGAAGAUUCAGGAGGAAUGCCUAUCACUGGAUAUGUCAUUGAAAAGAUGGACAUGGACACUGGGCGUUGGGUCCCUGCGGGAGAAGUCGGCCCAAAUACCGAAAACUUUAAAGUUGACGGCUUGACCCCUAAAAAGAAGUACAAGUUUAGGGUUAAAGCCGUCAAUAAGGAAGGCGAAUCUGAACCCUUGGAAAGUGAUGAACCAGUGACGGCUAAAAAUCCAUACGAUGAGCCAUCUGCUCCUGGCCGCCCAGAUAUUGAUGAUUAUGACAACAAGAGCGUGACUCUAAAAUGGAAAGCGCCUGACAAUGAUGGUGGACGACCUAUACUUAAAUAUAUCGUGGAAAUGAAGGAUAAACUUCUUGUGGAUUGGCAAGUCGUUACUGAGACUAAAGAUGCUGAAUGUACAGCCGUGGUCAAUGGACUUCGUGAAAAACAGACCUACCAAUUCCGCAUUGUUGCAGUUAAUAAGGCCGGAAAGAGUCCGCCAUCUGAGCCAACUGCAAAUCAUCUCUGCAAGCAUCGCUUCUUAAAACCACAGAUUGAUAGAAAUACAUUCAAGACGAUAACCAUCAAGGCUGGAAGAACUCACAAGUGGGCUGUUGAUGUUACUGGAGAACCUGCACCAGAAACAACGUGGAGUUGGAGGGACGGAAUCGCUCUCACGAAUUCUGAAAGAAUUAAUAUUGAAAGUCAAGAGUAUCACACAGUUUUUACUAUUAAAAAUUGUCGGCGGUCUGAUACCGGAAAGUACACUUUGAAAGCUGAAAACUCAUCAGGGAUGGACACUGAAACCGUAGAGUUCAAUGUCUUAUCUAAACCUGGUACACCAAAAGGUCCGCUUAAGGUUACAGAUGUUCAUAAUGAAGGAUGCAAACUCAGUUGGGAAAAGCCUGAGGACGAUGGUGGAUUGCCAAUUAAAGAGUACGAGGUUGAAAAAAUGGACAUGGCGACUAAAAGAUGGGUCCGCGUUGGGAAAUGCCCAGGGAACCAGAUUCCUCCUACAUUCGAGGUCACUGGAUUGGUUCCAGGUCAAGAGUACCAGUUCCGCGUAGUUGCUGUCAACGAUGAGGGUGACAGCGAUCCACUAACCACUUCCACAAGUAUUAUUGCCAAAAAUCCAUUUGACGAGCCAGGUAAACCAGGAAUGCCUGAGAUUACCGAUUAUGACAAUGAGAGCGUGGAUCUAAAGUGGAAAGCACCUACCAACGAUGGCGGUGCAAAGAUAGAGAAAUAUAUUUUACAAAAGAAGGACAAGUUUAAGCCAGAAUGGGAAAAUGCUGGUGAAGUUCCUGGAGAUCAACUUACUGGAAAAAUCAAAGACUUAAAAGAACGGGGCGAAUAUCAGUUCAGAAUUAUUGCCGUGAACAAAGCCGGACCCGGGGGCCCGUCUGAUCCAACAGCUCCACAUAUCGCCAAACACAGAUCAUUGAAACCAAGAAUUGACCGAACAAAUCUAAAGCAGACAACAAUUAAAGCAGGAAAACCAGUGCGGUUUGAUGUCAAUGUAGCAGGCGAACCCCCUCCAACCAUCGUUUGGAUGUUAAAGGGGAAAGAGGUGGACGAGAAAAAUGUGGAAAUCAUUAAUGUGGACUACAAUACCAAGUUUGACAUAAAAGAAGGAAAAAGAUUAAACUCUGGAAUUUACAAAAUCGUGGCAACGAACCAACAUGGAAAAGAUGAGGCAGAAGUGGAGUUGACUGUACUUGCAGCCCCAGGAAGACCAAAAGGUCCACUGAAGGUUUCGGAUGUCACUAAGAAUUCUGCAAAGGUUGCUUGGCAGAAACCCGAGGACGAUGGUGGAAAACCACUAACAGCAUAUGUCGUCGAAAAGAUGGACAUGGCUACUGGACGCUGGGUUCCUGCAGGACGGCUGGGACCUGAGAAAACAGAAUUUGAAAUCACAGGCUUGUCUGAAGGUCAUCAAUAUCAGUUCCGAGUUAAGGCUGUCAAUGAGGAAGGAGAGUCAGAACCACUUGAGACUGAUGGUGCAACAACAGCUAAGAAUCCAUUUGACAUUCCUGGGAAACCAGGUGUACCAAAGUUUGAAGAUUGGGAUGUUGACCGUGUUGACUUAUCUUGGGCUGCACCGAAGGAUGAUGGAGGGGCGCCUGUGACCAACUAUAUCAUUGAGAAGCAAGGUCCGUAUGGAAACACUUGGGAGGAAGUAUUGACCACCGAAUCGCCAGCUUGCAAAGCCCGUGUCACAGGACUACAAGAGGGCCAAACGUAUAAAUUCCGUGUGCGUGCAGUUAAUAAAGCCGGACCCUCUGAACCCUCCGAUGCCACCAAACCUCAUGUUGCAAAAGCAAGAUUCCUCAAGCCACAUAUUAAUAGAGAUAAAAUGCAGCCAAUUACAUUCCGUGCAGGGAAUCUUAUAAAAUUGGAUGUUGACGUGAAAGGAGAGCCAGCACCCAAGCUCACAUGGAUGCUCAAGGGUCAAAAAUUGGAUGGAACUUACAACAUCAAGAUUGAGUACGAAGAUUAUAAUACUCGUCUAAAUAUGCGUGAAACCUCGAGGGAACUCACGGGGAAAUAUACACUGAUUGCCGAGAAUGAAGUUGGUCGUGAUGAGGCAACAGUUGAAAUUAAUAUUCUUGACAAACCUGGUAAGCCUGAAGGACCCUUGGAUGUUACUGAUGUCCACAAAGAGGGCUGCAAGCUCAAGUGGAACAAGCCGCUCGACGAUGGCGGCUUACCAAUCAACCAGUACGUGGUAGAGAAAAUGGACGCCCUCACAGGCCGGUGGGUUCCUUGUGGGCGUGUUCCUGGGGACGAAACUCAAAUGGAGGUGACCGGAUUAGAACCUGGACAUAAGUACCAAUUUAGAGUGAGGGCUGCGAAUGAAGAGGGUGAAUCGGACAAUUUGGAAACAGACACCGCUAUAUUGGCCAAGGACCCCUUCAAUCCACCAGGCCCUCCCGGUAUGCCUGAAGUUGUUGACUGGGAUGAAAAGUCUGUAAAAUUAAAGUGGGACAGUCCUGUUCGAGAUAACGGAGCACCAAUUACUGGAUACAUUAUAGAAAUGGUGGAUCAAUUUGGAGGAGUUUUUAUGAAAUGUGGUGAAGUUUCUGGGAAUGUUUGUCAAGGAACGGUUAAUAAACUAGAAGAGGGUAAUAAAUACGAGUUCAGAGUGCGAGCAGUUAACAAAGCUGGUCCAGGUGACCCCUCCGAGUCCUGCAAGCCACACUUGUGCAAAGCCCGCUACCUGAAACCCACAAUUAUUCGUACAAACUUGCAACCUAUCGUUAUUCGAGUUGGACAGCAAGUUUUGUUGGACGUUGACAUCAAGGGAGAACCACCUCCAAAAGUAACUUGGUCUCUCAAGGGCAAAGAAGUUGAACAAAAUGAUCAAUUGAAAAUUGACAACAUCGAUUAUAACACAAAGUUUGUGAUCCUCAAAGGAAAGCGACUUCAUACUGGGAUAUACAAAGUCAAAGCAGUUAAUAGCAGUGGUGAGGAUGAAGCCGAAGUAGAAAUCACUGUUUUAGGAAAGCCAUCCAAACCUAAAGGACCACUAGAUGUUUCUGAUAUCACAAAGAAUGGAUGCAAACUGACCUGGGCUGCCCCCGAAGAUGACGGUGGAAGUCCUUUGGAAGGAUACGAAAUUGAGAAACUCGACCCACUGACAGGAACAUGGGUUCCUUGUGGAAAAUCUGACAAGCCUGAAUUUCAAGUACAAGGUCUGCAAGAGGGCAAGCAAUACAAAUUCCGUGUGCGUGCAGUAAACAAGGAAGGUGGAUCAGACGAGCUUGAGUGCGACAAACCAAUUAUCGCCAAAAACCCAUUCGAUGAGCCUGGAAAACCAGGACGUCCAACUCCUACGGAUUGGGACAAAGACUUUGUCGACCUUGAGUGGGCGGCACCCAAAGAUGAUGGAGGAUCUCCAAUAGAGAAAUAUAUUAUUCAAAUGCGUGACAAAGAUACUCGAAAUUGGGUUGACGCUGCCACAGUUCCUGGAGGAAAAACAAAUGGAAAAGUUACUGCAGUGCAAGAAGGCCGUGAAUAUGAAUUCCGAGUAAUUGCAGUAAACAAAGCCGGCCCUGGUGAACCAUCCGACGCGUCAAAGUCUGUGGUCGCAAAACCCAGACAUUUGGCUCCGUAUAUUGAUAGAAAGAAUUUGGGAAAGAAAAAAAUUCGAAGCGGAGAAAUGCUCGCUGUUGAGGCAGACGUACGAGGAGAGCCAGCUCCAACCGUUACUUGGACUUUGAAGGACGCUCCUCUGAAAAAUGAGAGAAUUAAGAUUGAAAAUGAACCGUAUAAGACGUCGUUUCUACUUACCAAACCCGUACGAGCUGACACUGGAAUAUACAUUGUUACUGCCGUGAAUGACUCUGGAAAAGAUUCCGUUGAGAUGGAAGUAACCGUAGUAGGCCGUCCAAGUAAACCUAAGGGACCACUCAAAGUUGACGAUAUCAAAGCUGAUGGUUGCAAGCUGAACUGGCAAAGACCUGAUGAUGAUGGUGGUGACCCCAUUGAUCACUUUGUUGUGGAGCGCAUGGAUACUGCAACUGGGAGAUGGAUCCCCGUGGGGACAAGCAAAACGCCAGAAAUGGACGUUACGGGUCUCAAUGAAGGGAAAGAAUAUUUAUUCCGUGUCAAGGCAGUUAACUCUGAGGGAGAAUCAGAACCACUUGAAACAGAGUCUCCAAUUGUGGCGAAAAAUCCAUUUGACGUUCCCGAACCACCUGGAAAACCAAUUGCAAAGGAUUGGGAUAAACAUCAUGUCGACCUACAAUGGGCUGCGCCUAGCUCUGACAAUGGCUCUAAUGUGACAUCAUACAUAAUUGAGAAGAAGGAUGAGUAUUCAACAAAAUGGCAGAAAGCAGUUGAAAUUAUUGGCGACAAGUGUGAAGGUCGCGUUCCCGACUUAAUCGAAGGAAUGAAGUACCAGUUUAGGGUCAAAGCAGUGAACAAGGCUGGAGCAAGUAAACCGUCUGACGCAUCUGAUCUCAUUACUGCAAAAUCCAGACGUCUUCCUCCAAAGAUUGAUCGCUCAACAAUGAAAGAUUUGACUGUGAAAAUUGGUCAACCAAUUAAAUUUGACAUUAAAGUGACAGGCGAACCACCUCCAAGCAAAGCAUUUUUCCUGGGGGAUGAAGAACUCAAGGCUGGAGGAAAAAUCACCAUUGAAAAGGAAGAUUAUCGUGUUCGUUUGACCAUCACCGGUGCCACUCGUGCUUUAUCUGGGAAAUUGACAUUAAAAGCUGCAAAUAGCAAUGGCCAAGAUGAGCAUACCAUUAACCUCACGGUAUUGAGCAAACCAUCCAAACCAAAAGGGCCUUUGGAUGUGUCAAAUAUUCACAAAGAAGGAUGUACAUUGGCAUGGAAGCCACCUGAAGAUAUGGGAGGGGCAGAUCUUGAUUACUAUGCAAUCGAGAAACUCGACCCAGAAUCUGGGAGAUGGAUUCCCUGUGGCAAGUCUACCGAGCCUAAAAUGGUGGUUAGCAAUUUAGAACCAGGAAAGGAGUACAAAUUCAGAGUUUGUGCCGUAAACUGUGAGGGCGAAUCUGAACCAUUGGAAACGGAUGGAUCUAUCAUAGCUAAAAAUCCAUUUGAUGAACCUGGUGCACCUGGCAAUGUGGAAGCAACGGAUUGGGAUAAGAACUUUGUUGAUCUGAAAUGGACUGCUCCCACCGAUGAUGGUGGAAGUCCAAUUUCUGGUUAUGUCAUUGAGAAGAAGGAACCUGGAGGCAAAUGGGUAAAAGCAGCAGACGUCAAGGGCAAUGAGACCUCCGCCAAAGUAGACGGACUAGAAGAAGGCCAGACGUACGAGUUCCGUGUGAAAGCAGUAAAUGAAGCCGGACCAGGGGACCCCUCGAAGCCGUGUCAACCAGUCACUUGCAAACCAAGAAAAAUGAAACCAAAGAUUGACCGUAGAUGCCUUCGAAAAAUUCAUGUCCGAGAAGGAGAACCAUUCAUGUGGGAUGUUAAAAUUUCUGGAGAGCCAGCUCCAACCGUGACUUGGACCUUAAAUGGAAAAAUCGUGACGGAAACACCAGACGUCAGGAUUGCAAAUGUUCCAUGCAAUAGUAAAUUCAACAAUGACAGUCCCGAAAGAAAACAUUCCGGUACCUACAAAAUAGUAGCCUCAAAUAAGUGGGGUGAGGAUGAAGCAGAAGUGGAAGUCCUCGUUGUUAGCCGGCCUGGAAAACCUGAAGGGCCUUUAGACGUCUCUGAUAUUCGCAAAGACGGUUGCAAACUUAAGUGGAAGCCCCCUAAAGAUGAUGGAGGAAUUCCAAUUGAGGCGUUUGUGGUGGAGAAAUUCGACCCAGAAACAGGAAUUUGGAUUCCUUGUGGUAAAUCGAAAGAUCCAGAAAUGGAAGUGGAAGGCCUUGUUCCUGGUCACGAGUAUUCAUUCCGAGUAAAAGCAGUGAAUAAAGAGGGGGAGUCGAUACCGCUGGAAACCCUAGCUCCGAUUAUUGCUAAAGAUCCAUUCUCAGCUACAGAGAAACCAGGGACUCCCGAAGCAGUGGACUGGUCUGCAAACCACGUAGAACUUAAAUGGGAGCCACCCAUUGACUGCAAUGGUGCUCCAGUUGAGUCAUAUAUUGUGGAAAAGAAAGACAAGUACAGUGGGCUGUGGGAGAAAGCGUUGGAAACACCGGGCCCAGACUGCAAAACAAUUGUGCGAGGACUGAUUGAAGGACAGCAAUAUCAAUUCCGAGUUGUUGCUGUUAACAAGGCCGGACCAAGUGAACCCUCUGAUGGUAGCAAGCCAAUUACAGCUAAAGCCAGAUUCCUUGCGCCAAGAAUUGACAGAAAAAAUCUGCGCGAUAUUACUCUAAGCGCAGGAUCCACUCUUAAAUUUGACGUUGACGUAACAGGUGAACCACCUCCACAGAUUGUGUGGAGUGUUGAUGGACAAACAUUAAAAGACGGAAGAAAUGUGACUCUUGAUAACGUGGAUUACCACACCAAGCUUAUCGUUCGCCCAGUCCAGAGAGGAGAUUCAGGCGAAUACACGAUAACUGCCACUAACUCCUCUGGAAAAGACAGCGUGACCGUAAGAGUCACGGUUACUGACAAGCCCUCCAAGCCUGAAGGCCCAUUAGACAUUUCAAAUGUACAUAAAAAUGGAUGUAAACUAAAAUGGAAGAAACCAAAGGAUACGGGAGGAGAGGACUUGGAGUAUUAUGAGGUGGAAAAGCUUGAUCCAGAGACCGGAUUAUGGGUUCCAGCCGGACGAUCUACCGAACCGGAAAUGAAUGUUACAGGCCUCACUCCUGGUCAGGAGUAUAAAUUCCGAGUAAAAGCAGUGAAUAAAGAGGGCGAAUCUGAACCAUUGACGGGUGAUCAAAGUAUUAUUGCCAAGAAUCCGUUUGACGAGCCUGGGAAACCAGGAAAUCUCAAAGCUACUGAUUGGGACAAGGACCAUGUAGACCUAAGCUGGACUCCGCCAAAGGAUGAUGGUGGUGCUCCAAUUACUGCGUAUAUAAUAGAAAAGAAGGACAAGUUUGGAGGCUGGGAGAAAGCAUUGGAGGUUCCAGGAGGCAGCACCACUGCCACCGUUCCUGAUUUGACAGAAGGACAUGCAUACGAAUUCCGCGUCCGAGCAGUGAAUAAGGCCGGCCCUGGUGACGAAUCUGACUCUGUCGGUCCUAUUGUCGCAAAGGCCAGAAAUUUAGCUCCAAAGAUUGAUAGAACAAACCUCAUUCCAAUCAAAAUCAAGGCAGGUGCAAAUUUCUUAUACGACGUAAAAGUCACUGGAGAACCAGCUCCGGAAUUAAAAUGGACUCUCAAAGGAAAGGACGUGAAACCAUCUGACAAGACCAAGAUUACUAAUGUCGACUACAAUACAAAGUUAAGUGUUCGUGGAGCCACACGAGCAGAAUCGGGUGUAUAUACCCUUACUGCAUCAAACGUUAAUGGAACAGAUAUUGCUGAAGUGGAAGUCAUUGUAAUGGAUAAACCAAGUCCGCCAAAUGGUCCCCUCAAGGUCCAGAAUGUUCAUGCUGAGGGUGCAACCCUUAGUUGGUUGCCCCCUACGGACGAUGGUGGGGCACCUAUUGAGAAAUACAUUAUAGAAAAGCAAGACGAAGCAACAGGGCGAUGGGUUCCAGCCGGCGAGACUGAUGGUCCAAAUACGAACUUGGCUAUAGAUGGAUUAACACCAGGACACAAAUAUAAAUUUAGGGUUAAAGCUGUCAACAAACACGGAACAUCCGAUCCUUUGACAACUUCUCAGGCCAUUGAAGCAAAGAAUCCAUUCGAUAAUCCAGGGGCCCCUAAAAAUCCAGAGAUCAUAGAUUAUGACAAAGACUUUGUGGAGCUUAAGUGGGACAAACCUGACACUGACGGGGGCUCGCCUCUGGUUGGAUACAUCAUUGAAAAGAAGGACAAAUUUAAUCCUAAUUGGGAAAAGUGUGCUGAAGUGGAAGGAAAUGUGACCUCUGGCAAAGUACCUGAUCUCAUUGAGGGCAACACCUACGAAUUCCGAAUCCGAGCAGUGAACAAAGGAGGUGCGGGUGAACCUUCUGAUUCCACAAAACCACACGUUGCGCGCCCAAAGAAUUUGGCACCUAAGAUUGACCGAAAUGCUCUCACCAACAUUAAGAUCCGAGCAGGUCAAAACUUUGAGUUCGAUGUACCUGUUUCUGGAGAACCACCUCCAAGCAAAGAAUGGACACUUGGUGGGAAUCAAGUUCUUCCAUCGGAAAAUGUCAAAAUCACUAAUGAGGAUUACAAUACAAAAGUUAAAGUUGUCAAUGCUCAACGAGGGGACAGUGGGACGUAUACGUUGACAGUAAAAAAUAGGAAUGGAACGGACAGUGCUACCGUUACUGUAACUGUUUUAGACAUUCCUUUGCCCCCAGAAGGCCCUCUUACUCCGAGCAAUAUCACAAAGAGUGGAUGCAGCUUGAGCUGGAAACCUCCCCUCGACGAUGGUGGGAGUGAAAUUACAUCAUACAUUGUGGAAAAAAUGGAUAUGGAAAAUAUGCGCUGGGUUCCUUGUGGAGAAAGUGCAGGGACAUCACUGCGCGUUGACCACCUGAUUGAAGGUCAUGACUACAAAUUCCGAGUGAAAGCCGUGAACCGACAAGGAGAAUCUCAACCCCUCACCGGCACAUCUCCAAUCACUGCCAAGGACCCCUAUUCCAAACCAGAUAAACCUGGAGUUCCUGAUGUGGUGGACUGGGACCGUGAUCAUGUUGAUUUAGAAUGGGCGCCUCCUAAAAAAGAUGGUGGAACAGGAAUUGAGAAAUACAUUAUUGAAAAGCGACCAAAGUUUGGACAAUGGGAAAAGGCAACAGAAGUCUCUGGAAAAACCCCCAAAUGUACCGUACCAAACUUAACAGAAGGGCAGGAAUAUGAAUUCCGUGUCAUUGCAGUAAACAAAGCCGGGCCAAGUGACCCAUCAGAUGCAUCAAAAUCAGUUAUUGCAAAGCCUCGUUACUUGGGACCACAAAUAGAUCGAAACUUCCUCGAGGACCUUGUUGUUCGUGCAGGCCAAAAGAUUAGCUACAAUGUUCCUAUUUCUGGUUCUCCACCCCCUAAAGCUACUUGGAGCAUUGAGGGGAAAGUUGUGGCCAGCAGUGACAGGGUGGAUGUGACCACCAGUUCCACUGAGGCCUCCUUGGAUAUCCCAAGUUCAUUACGAAGCGAUACUGGUCGAUACACCUUGACAUUAGAAAAUAAUCUUGGAUCAGUGUCGGCGUCUGCAAAUGUUACCGUUGUGGAUAGACCAACCGCACCUGAGGGACCACUUAUGGUUGGAGAUGUCACAAAGGAAAGCUGUCGCCUAUCCUGGCAGCCACCUCGCGACGAUGGUGGAUCCCCAGUGACUCACUACGUUAUAGAGAAAAUGGACACUUCCCGUGGAACUUGGAUCGAUGCUGGUAUCGCCAACACUUGCACAGCAGAGGUCACCAAGCUUGUUCAUAAGAAAGAGUACUUGUUCCGUGUCCGUGCAGUUAACAACAUCGGAGAAUCAAAUGACCUUGCAACGGAUAAGGGAACCAUUGCAAAGAACCAAUUCGAUGAACCUGAUGCUCCUGGUCGUCCAAAAAUAACUGACUGGGAUAGAAACAGGGUGGAUCUGGAAUGGAAGCCACCACGUAGUGAUAAUGGAUCCAAAAUUACUGGAUACAUAAUUCAAAAGAAGGAAAAAGGCAGUCCUUUCUGGAUGAACGCAGCUCAGUCACCAGGCGAUCAAACUCAUGCAACAGUUGGAGAUUUAACGGAAGGACAAGAAUAUGAGUUUAGAAUAAUUGCUGUGAAUGCAGCAGGCCAAUCAGAACCGUCGGAACCGUCGGAUCUCGUGAAAACGGGACCACGACGCCUACCACCUAAAAUCACAAGUCCUUUACAUGACAUUAAAAUUAAGGCUGGACAAAUCUUCCAUGUUGACAUUAAUUACGAGGGAGCCCCUGAUCCGGAAGUGGUAUGGAAAGCUAAUGGGAAGGAAGUAAAGACUGAUGAAAGGACAACCGUGAGCGCGAUCUCUAACCACACUGUUGUUCACACCGUGAGUACGAAGCGUGGAGACUCUGGAGAGUACGUUUUGCGUAUUAAAAAUGAAUAUGGAGCUGACGAAGGAUCUUUCAAACUCACCGUGUUGGAUCGUCCAAGUCCACCUGAAGGGCCAUUGGUGUAUGAAGAGGUGACAGCGCAAAGUGUCACGCUUUCCUGGUCCAAUCCUCGUGACAAUGGAGGUUCGGAAAUUACCAACUUUGUAAUCGAGAAGCGAGAUCUCACUCAUGGAGGCGGAUGGGUUCCAGCCGUUAACCAUGUUGAUCCAAGGAAUCUGCAUGCCGUGGUGCCACGAUUGACUGAAGGCACCCAGUAUGAAUUCCGAGUGAUGGCUGAGAACCUUCAGGGUCGCUCUGAUCCUUUGGCAACUGCCAAACCGAUUAUUGCCAAAAACCAGUUCGAUGUACCCGGAAAACCAGGAACACCUGAGGUUAUGGACACCGAUAGAGACCAUAUCAAGUUCAGGUGGUCCGCACCUAUCUCCAAUGGGGGUUCUAAUAUUAUCGGGUACGAGGUUGAACGUAGAGACAUAAAGAACCCGAGGUGGGUCAAGAUCACAAAGGAGCCUUGGAGGUUCACAGAAUAUAACGACGAAAAGGUCACAGAUGGUCAUCAAUAUGAGUAUAGAGUUACUGCUGUCAACGCUGCUGGACCUGGUAAACCAUCGGACCCGUCCAAGACCUUUACUGCCAGACCUAUGCGUGAACCACCAAAGCUGUUCUUGGAUGGUCUCCUUGGAAAGCGAAUUAAAGUUAGAGCUGGCGAACCAAUCAAUAUUGACAUUCCACUUUCGGGAGCACCAAUCCCAGAAAUUAAAUGGACAAAGGACGGAAAAUCUUUACCCAAAAGCAAUAGAGUAUCCAGUGAUACAAACAGUGCUGGAACAAAGUUGCAUGUAUCUGUAUCAGAACGUGGUGACUCUGGAAAAUAUACAAUUACUGCUACCAAUGAUUUUGGAACAGACAAGGCAGACAUUGAGGUUAUAGUGGUUGAUAAGCCUGGUCCCCCAGGAGGUCCACUAAUACCGUCCAUGAUCAAUGGAGACGCAAUAACGCUGACGUGGCGCCCAUGCGCUGACGACGGAGGCACGGAAAUUUCAAAUUAUGUCAUUGAACGGUGUGAGUAUGGCAAAGACGAUUGGAAAUCGUGUCCAGGUUUUUGCCCAAAAGAAGAAUUUACAGUCAAGGGGCUAGAGGAGGGGAAGAAAUAUGUGUUCCGUGUCCGAGCUGAAAAUUUGUAUGGACUCUCGGAACCUUUAGAAAGCGCACCAAUCGUUGCAAAAUCACCAUUUGAUCCUCCGGGCGCUCCUGAUCCACCGCAAAUUUUGUCGUACGGCCCAACAUCAGCGUCCUUACAAUGGACUCCACCUUCUCAUCCUGGGGGUAAACCAGUGAGCGGGUAUUACAUCGAAAAGCGUGACCGUAGUGGAGACUGGGUCAGGGUCAAUAAUUUCCCAACACCUAAUUUGAGCAUGACCGUACAAGGUCUCCACGAGGGAAUGAAGUAUGACUUUAGAGUAAUUGCAGUGAAUGACGCCGGACCUGGUGAACCCUCCAGGCCUUCCCAACAAAUAAUUGCUGGAGUUCAAAAGUUUGUUCCAGAUGCUCCAGAUCAACCCAAACCUGACCGAGUUACCAAGGAUAGCAUUACUAUAAGCUGGAAACCUGGAGCUUCGGAUGGUGGUGCCCGAUUAAGAGGAUACAUUGUACAAAAGAAGGCGAAGAGUGGAGGUGAUUGGGAAGAAGUGAAUGAUUAUCCACACCCCACAACGUCCAUGACAAUUGGUGGCCUCAAUCUCAAAGAAUUACUCAAGGAAGGAGAGGAGUAUGCAUUCCGUGUGUUUGGUGUCAAUGAGAUUGGCAGAAGUCAGCCUAGUAGACCAAGUAAUAAUAUUUUGGUUGAAGAGCAACCCAACAAGCCUAAGCUGGACCUUGGUGGCCUUCGUGAUAUCACGGUCAGAGCGGGAGAAGACUUCUCAAUUUCCAUACCAUUUAUUGCAUUCCCAAAACCAACUGCGACAUGGUACGCCAAUGAUCGCCUUCUGGACGACUCAGACUCCAGAAUUUUCCUUCAAACUGGAGAUGACUAUGCCAGUAUUGUUGUCAAAAACUCUAAACGUACUGACGCAGGAAGUUAUAAGAUUCAAGUCAAGAAUCCUUGUGGCUUCGAUACAGGCUCAUUAAAUGUAAGAGUUUUAGAUAGACCUUCUCCUCCAGAAAACCUUAGAGCAGAGGAAUUUGCUGGAGAAUGUCUCACACUCAGUUGGUAUCCUCCACGAGACAAUGGUGGGUCUGACAUCACCAACUAUGUCGUGGAAAGGCGUGAAGCUAAAACUACGACAUGGACCAAGGUGUCCUCAUACGUAACGUCGACAUACUGUCGCAUCCGAAAUUUGACUGUUGGAAGAGACUAUGAAUUUAGAGUUAUGGCCGAGAAUCAGUACGGUACUUCUGACCCGGCUGAAACCACAGAACCUAUCAAGGCUAAACAUCCAUUUGACGUUCCUGGUCCACCUGGAACACCGAGGUCUGUUGAAACCACGGAAGAUUCGAUCACACUUUCAUGGACUAAACCCAGAAACGACGGUGGUUCUGUUAUUCGAGGAUAUGUAAUUGAAAAGAGAUUAAAAGGCGAAGAUGUGUGGACCAAGGCGUCCCAUCAAAUCAUUCCAGACCUGUCGUACAGAGUCACAAAUUUACAAGAUGGGAAAGAAUACGAGUUCCGUGUGGCAGCCAUUAAUGCUGCUGGUCAAGGGGCUUGGAGUUCGGGUUCAGAUUAUAUUAUGUGCCAACCACCUCCAAGUGCUCCCAAGAUUACCAGCGAUCUCAGCAUCCGAGACAUGACUGUUAUUGCUGGAGAGGAAUUUACUAUCACUGUUCCAUUUACUGGAUACCCUGUCCCGAAGGUUACAUGGACGGUUAAUGCAGAAGAAACGUUCUCUGAUGACCGAAUCAAGUUUGAAACUAAACCUGGAUAUACAAAAUACAUUAAUAAAUGUUCAAGACGUUCCGACUCUGGAAAGUACACUAUUCAAUUGGUCAACAGCGAAGGGUCAGACACAGCCUCAUGUCGAGUUCAGGUUGUUGGGUUGCCGGGUCCGCCGGUUGGCCCAAUCGACAUUUCCGACAUUACUCCAGAGACUUGCGCAUUAAGCUGGAAGCCACCACUCGACGAUGGAGGAAGUCAAAUUACAAACUACAUCGUGGAACGAUUGGACACAUUCAGUGGAUCUUGGACGAAGGUCAGCAGCUUUGUCCGUGGUUGUAAUUACGAUGUGAUUGGCUUGGAACCAAACAAAAAGUACAGUUUCCGUAUCCGAGCUGAGAACCAGUACGGAAUCAGUCAACCCUUGGAGUCUGAUCAACCUAUUACUGCCAAGUUCCCCUUCACUGUCCCAGAUCCUCCAGGUCAACCCCGAGUUAUCGACUGGGAUGCCAGUUCUGCCACCAUUACCUGGGACCGAUCUCCUCGAGAUAACGGAAGCAAAAUCCAAGGCUAUAAAGUGGAAUAUAGAGAUAUUGCUGAAGAUCAAAACUGGAAAAUGGCAAAUGACUAUCUGGUCAAGGAUACGACAUAUGUUGUUCAUAAUUUAAUACAAGGUCACGAGUAUGAAUUCAGAAUAAGAGCAAAGAAUGCUGCAGGAUUCAGUAAACCUUCCCUCCCAUCAAGUCAUUUUAAGAUGAAAGGCAAAUUCGGUGUCCCCAGCCCACCAGGUUCACCCCAGAUAACCAAGGUCGGAAGGGGAUAUGCAAACUGUUGUUGGACCCUGCCUCGAAGCGAUGGCGGAAGCCGAAUUACAGGAUAUAUCGUUGAAAGACGCGAGGUUGGCGCAGGUCUCUGGAUGAGAUGUAAUGAGUACAACGUCACAGACCUGAAUAUGACAAUUUCUGGACUUACGGACGGACGAGAGUACGAGUUUAGGGUUUUCGCUGUCAACGCUGCAGGAAAAUCUGAACCUGCAAACUGUGAUGGACCAGUUAAAAUCCAAGAAGUUGCCGGAGGACAAAGUCCCGAGUUUAUCAAGAGACUUAUAAACACAUCCAUUCCACGUGGCAAGCAAUUGGUCCUGGAAUGUGAAGCUACUGGAAUUCCUGCACCGACUCCAAGAUGGCUUAGAAAUGGAAGAGAGAUUCAAACAUCUGUCCGUAUCAAACAAGAAGUUGAGGGAGGAGUGUUCCGCCUGACAAUUACUGACAUGCAAGAUGGUGACGAUGGAGAUUAUACUUGCCAAGCACACAAUGCAGUUGGCAAUUGUUCUACAAACGCACGAAUUCGAAUUGGCGCACCUCCCAGAAUUGAUAGAUGUCCAAACGAAUUGUACCUACCAGAGGGAGAAAAUACGAAAAUCAAAAUUGUUUACACUGGAGAUCAACCAAUGGACCUUAUUAUCACUAAAGAUGGAGUAGAAAUAAAAGAAAACAACAGAAUCAAAGUCACAAUAUUUGACGACUACUUUGUCAUCUUUAUCAAAGAACUAAGCAAAGAUGACGCUGGAAGUUAUACACUCACACUCAGAAACGAGAGCGGAUCUGCAUCAGCCAAUUUCCAAAUUUAUAUCACCGGUCUUCCUGGCCCCCCAAUCGGCCCCUUGGAUGUUUCUGACAUUAGCAAGCACAUGUGCACCUUGAAAUGGAAAAUCCCAAGCUAUGACGGUGGGAGAAAAAUUACUCAUUAUGUCGUAGAACGUAGGGAUGUUUCUAGUCAGCACUGGAUCCAGGUUGCAUCACAAGUCAAAUCAACAACAUUCACAGUUCAAGGAUUGACAGAAGGGCAAGAAUAUCUAUUCCGUGUCAUGGCCUGUAAUGAAAAUGGCAUGGGACCUCCAUUGCAAGGAAUUAAUCCAAUCAAAGCAAAGGCUCCUUUCGAUACUCCUUCCGCGCCUGGAGCUCCUGAUAUUAAAGAAGUGGGUGGUGAUUUUGUUCACCUAAAUUGGGAGAAACCUACCUCAGAUGGUGGAAGUCGAAUUUUGGGAUACUGGGUGGACAAGCGAGAAGUUGGUACCGUGGCGUGGCAACGGGUCAACAUUUCCAUUUGCUUACCAAACCAGAUGAACGUGAGCAACUUGGUGGAAGGCCGCAGCUACGAGUUCCGUGUGAUUGCAGAGAACGCUGCAGGCUCAUCACCUCCCUCGCCUUCUUCUGCAUGUGUCAAAGUUACCGAUCCUAAUGCAGCAGUUGCCCCUGAAAUUGUGAUGCCGCUUAAAAACGCCAUGGCCACAGAAGGAAAGAAUGCUCAAUUCCAAUGCAAGAUUACUGGCCAACCUCGACCUCAUGUUACCUGGUACAAGGGCGCAAGGGAAAUAUCACAUGGAGGCAAAUACCACAUGAGCCAAGAUGGUGAAACCUAUACCCUCACCGUCUAUGACGUGUUUGGAGAGGAUGCGGACGAAUAUGUGUGUCGAGCUAUUAACAAAGCUGGUGCAAAAUCUACCAGGGCUGAGCUUGUAAUUAUGAUGCCUCCAAAACUUCAUGUACCUCCAAGAUUCCGUGAUACAGCGUACUUUGAUAAGGGCGAGAACGUGGUAAUUAAAAUUCCAUUCACCGGUGUUCCCAAGCCUAAAAUAACAUGGAGCAAGGAAGGCGAAAAGAUUGAGUCUGGUGGUCAUUUCCAUGUUGAGGUUAAAGAAAGACACGCCGUCCUGACAAUCACAGACUCUAGCCAAAUCGACAACGGCCCCUAUUCCAUAUUAGCUGAAAAUGAUCUCGGAAUGGAUUCUGCUAUACUCAAAAUCCAGAUUAGCGAUCGUCCUGACCCUCCUCGUCAUGUGAUAGUAGAAAGUAUAGGAACCGACACGUUAGUUCUGACUUGGUCUCCACCUAGAUGGGAUGGAGGAUCAGCUAUUACGAAUUAUUUAGUAGAGAAACGAGAGCACCCAAUGACCUCAUGGAUCCGAGUUGGGUUUACAAGACUGACUACUAUCCAAGUGACUGCUCUGAGUCCAGGUCACGACUACGAAUUCCGCGUUUACGCUGAGAAUGUCUAUGGCCGAAGUGAUGCUUCGGACACCACAAACAUAGUGCGAACCAAAGACUUGACCAAGAAGGUGCAGAAGAAGAAAGAGUAUGAAGUGGAUGCGUCUGGCAAGAAAAUCCGAGGCCGCAGUGACGAGAAGCCCAAAGACUAUGACCAAUACGUGUUCUCAAUUUAUUCCAAAUACGUUCCUCAGCCUGUAGAAAUCAAGACUUCCAGUGUGUACGACGACUACGACAUAUUGGAAGAAAUCGGCACUGGAGCUUUUGGUGUUGUACACCGUUGUCGUGAGAGAAAGACUGGUCAUAUUUUUGCUGCAAAGUUCAUUCCUGUAUCCCACUCCUUAGAAAAGGAAUUAAUUAGAAGAGAAAUCGAUAUUAUGAAUCAAUUACAUCAUCCAAAACUCAUUAAUCUACAUGAUGCGUUUGAGGAUGACGAUGAAAUGGUCUUAAUUUAUGAAUUCCUUUCUGGUGGAGAACUAUUUGAAAGAAUAACUGCGGAGGGAUACCAAAUGUCCGAAGCGGAAGUUAUCAAUUACAUGAGACAAAUCUGUGAAGGCGUCAAGCAUAUGCAUGAACGAAAUAUUAUCCACUUAGACAUUAAGCCCGAAAAUAUUAUGUGCCAGACAAAAUCCAGCACAAAUGUCAAAUUGAUUGACUUUGGACUUGCCACAAGACUAGACCCUAAUGAAGUGGUCAAGAUCUCAACUGGUACGGCUGAGUUUGCCGCACCUGAAAUUGUCGAGAGAGAACCAGUUGGAUUUUACACUGACAUGUGGGCCGUUGGUGUUCUUGCUUAUGUUUUGUUGAGUGGUUUGUCACCAUUUGCUGGAGAAAAUGACAUUGAUACCUUGAAGAAUGUGAAAGCUUGCGACUGGGACUUUGAUGAGGAGGCAUUUGCUGAUGUUUCUGACGAAGGCAAAGACUUUAUUCGCCACCUUCUUAUUAAGAACAAAGAGAAAAGGAUGACAUCACAUGAAUGUUUGCAACAUUCGUGGCUAACUGGUGAUCAUUCCGGCCGAGUGCAACCCAUUGAUAACUCUAGAUUUGUGGCGUUACGAGAUAAAAUCCGAGCUAAAUAUCCAUUCUGGGACGACUGUAUUCUUCCUCUUGGCCAUCUCGCUGAAUAUUCAUCCCUUAGAAAACUUCAAAUUGAGAAAUACAGAAUACAUGACGCAUACUUUGAUCGUAGACAAGCAGCUCCAAGAUUUGUGAUCAGGCCAAGAAGCACAUUUACAUACGAGGGUCAAAGUGCAAAAUUCACAUGCAGAGUAAUUGCAAUUGCCACACCCACACUCACUUGGUAUCACAACAACUCCGAGUUGAGGCAAAGCGUAAAGUUCAUGAAACGCUAUCAAGGAGAAGAUUAUACUUUCAUUAUCAAUCGCGUAAAACUGGAAGAUAGAGGGGAAUUUGUAAUUAGAGCCGAGAACCAUUAUGGAUUCAGAGAAGAAAUUGUUUUCCUCAAUGUGCAACCUGUCCCAAAAGAAAUUCCAGCAUACAGGCCAGAUACUGCCCCAGUACGACGACGCCAACCACUGGUUCGACCAUUUUGGCAAGAAGAGCGAGAUUCCGCUCCUUGCUUUACGUUCCACUUGCGACCUCGUGUCGUACAAUUCCAUCAUCCAGCAUGCAAAUUGCUGUGUUGCUUGAGUGGAAAACCAACCCCAACUGUAAAAUGGUUCAAAGGAACCAGGGAAUUGAGCAAGAAUGACUACACCAUGACACAUGCUGAUGGUGUGGUAACACUGGAAAUUUUGGAUUGCAAACCCGACGACUCUGGAAAGUACCGCUGCGUUGCAACAAACCCUCUUGGAAGUGACGAAACUGUUUGUGUAGUCAUUGUAGAAGGGGACUCAUCCACUCCUGAACAACACCAGCUUGCCCAUAAUUUACUUCACUCUGGAGACCGUAGAUACAUGCCCGAGACGCCCGCACGACCAAAAGAAGUAGCGAAACCGGUGGCUGACACAAGAUCCUCUGGAGCCACUUAUGGAAACCAGAAAGCUGCUGCAACGAUUGGAAUCUCCACUCCCGCUGUAAACGGUAUCAAAAGUUCAGCCCCAUCUACACCGAGUAGGACUGCAAAACCUUAUGGAAAAACAUUGGACGCAACCGGAAGUCCUUCCAGGUCGAGGUCCACCACACAAGAACUUAACUUGCCUACCGAUAGCGGAAUGUCCGCUCCUGGGGUAUCCAAAGCUAUGCCAGCUAGUUUGUCAGUAAAAGACGGAGAAGCUCUUGCGAUCACUUGCGAAUUUAGUGGAGACCCUGAGCCACAAGUUAGUUGGACCAGAAACGGAGAACCCCUCGUGUCCUCAGAAGCAGUGGCAUUAAAGUAUAGAAAUCGUGUCGCGACCCUUACCAUUCCCGAAGUGUUCCCUGAAGAUGAAGGGACUUACGUUUGUAAAGCUACAAACUCUGUUGGAAAAAUUGAAUCCAGUUGUUCCCUUAAAGUCCUUCCCAUGGAAGGAGGUAAAAGAGCAGGCAAGGGUUCAACAGACAAUGCACCCGUAAUUGUUGGUCACCUUCAAUCAGCCAUAGUUCCGGAUGCCACCCCUGUUAAUUUAAGUUGCCGAAUAAUCGGAACUGAUAAAUUUGACGUAGUAUGGUUACAUAAUGACAAAGAAAUCAAACCCAGCAAAGACUUCCAAUACGAAUCGUCUGGAGAAAAUAGAAUUCUUAGGAUUUCCGAAAUAUUCCCUGAAGACUCGGGUACCUACACGUGCGAAGCUUUCAACGACGCUGGAGAAGCAUUUAGUUCUUGUACAUUAAUCGUUGUUGUUCCUAACGAAGAACAAAAGAGCAUAUCUUUCAAGACAUUCCCAAAAUCUGCAACAGUCAAAGAAGGAGAAAGUGUAACAUUUUCUUGUGAGGUAGAGAAAGCUCCUCAAUCAGUGGAAUGGUCCAAGGACGGUAAACCAUUGUCAGAAACAGCAAAAGUGCACAUUCAAGCCCCCGGAAAAACAAAGUUCCAACUCGAAAUCUCGAAUUGUGCAGCGAGUGACAUGGGACAAUACUCAGUGAAAGUGGAAGGAAAGAAAGGAGUGUCAAUUGCAUCAUUUGCCAACAAUGUAGUUCCAUCCAGCACACCCUUAUCAUAAACCCAACAUGAGCGUAAAGGUUUGCGCUAUGCCUCUGUCUAGUCACUAUGAUGUAAAUAAUCUAGUCACUUCAAAUUGGUACUCGUGACAUUAAGAAACUGUAGGUUAAAAACGACUUGGUAUUACAAUGGUGGUGCAUGCGGAGAAGAGGAAUGAGUGUUUUUUUGACCAGAAGUGAUACAUGAGUUUAUUCCAUUUCCUGUGGAAUUGAUGAUUGAGAAGAGCGUUUAUACGUAUGCAUACCAGUUAACUUGCUUGGUUGGUUUCUUAAAGAGAGCGAAUGUUAUGUUUAUUAUUAUUUUACGCUAAAUGUUUUGUCAACGCACUAUAGUUACGAUACGUUUAGUGUUUACACCACUCCUCCCACCACAGUAAAUGUAUUUCCACCGCCGUCCUGCCACGUCCAACAUAUCGACCAACAACAACGCCCGAGACACUGGUGUCCAAUAAAUAAAUGUCCAUUAACUACUGCUACUCACUGCCUUCUUCGUAAAAUGCUUAUAAAAAUGUACUCUCACUUACGUACCAUGCAACAGAAGAGUUCACGUAUUUGUACCAUAUUUUAGUAACAUAUUUUGACAACAAAACCAAAAAUGUCCAAUAUUCUACUACUACAAUACUGCAACACACACGUCUGUCUUCCAUUGGAACUGAUAAUAAUGAGCAAAACUAGGGGUCUUCGCGUCUACGACUUAAUUUUCUUAUCAUCGUUGUGACUGUAAAUAUGCUAACAUAAGUAAAUUUAGGAUACAUACAACGGCACAAUCUACUAUUUUAGGAUUAGAUCUUGCCAAAUCAGAGUCAAAUAAACGCAGCAGUGUUAUGAACUCAAUAACAAUUGACAAAUUACUUCCUUACGUAGUCACUAUGAUUUAGCACCGUCCAAAAAUAAUCAAUCGGUCAUCAAUUUCUGCAAACACUAUUGACUGCUCGAUGCACAAAAUGAAAUCCUACAUUUAAGCUACAAGUAAUUACCUAGUGUAAGAUAAUAUUUACCUGAAUUUUGUGAACUUUAUUCUCGGUAAAUAAACAAGGGUUAAGAAUUUA